UCUUUCGUCCACACGCAGAGUGAGGCUUGGGCAAGCGGGAAGGCGGAGCAGAGCCACCAGAAAAGGGAGACAGACGAGGCCGCCCCUGUCUCGUCGCCACCAUGCUCGCCCUCAGCAGGGUCAUUCGGGGCUGUGUGUGUUCAUCGGUUGUUAGCGAAUCCUCGUCAUCGUCGUCUUCUUCUUCUUCUUCUUUUCCUUGCUGCGUGUCGGCGAGGGAGCAGAGGCAGCGGAGGAUUCCUUUGCUCUGCCGAUCCUCGGGGUUGAAGUCGUCGGCCGCGAUGGGGAGCACGCUCAAGGAGAUGAGGGACGGCGCGUCUAUGCUGGAGAUGGACGACAAAUCGACCGUCGGCGGAGGAGUCGAGGACAUCUACGGCGAGGAUCGCGCCACGGAGGAGCAGCUCGUGACGCCGUGGACGGUCUCUAUCGCGAGUGGUUAUUCAUUAUUGAGAGAUCCACACUUCAACAAGGGCCUUGCUUUUACGGAGAAAGAAAGGGAUGCCCAUUACUUACGUGGUCUUCUACCUCCGAGCUCUCUUACCCAGGAGCUUCAGGAGAAAAAAGUCAUGCAAAACCUUCGUCAAUAUCAAGUUCCAUUACAAAGAUAUAUGGCAUUGAUGGAUCUCCAGGAGAGAAAUGAAAGGCUGUUCUACAAGCUUCUGAUAGAUCAUGUGGAAGAGUUGCUCCCAAUUGUAUAUACUCCUACAGUUGGCGAAGCUUGUCAAAAGUACGGAAGCAUUUUCAGGCGUCCUCAAGGCCUUUACAUAAGCUUGAGAGAAAAGGGAAAGAUUCUUGAGGUGUUAAAGAACUGGCCUGAAAGAAGUAUCCAAGUUAUUGUGGUCACUGAUGGAGAGCGUAUCCUGGGGCUUGGUGAUCUCGGUUGUCAAGGAAUGGGAAUACCUGUUGGCAAAUUAUCACUAUAUACAGCACUUGGAGGGAUCCGACCGUCUGCUUGCUUGCCUGUUACAAUUGAUGUGGGAACUAACAACGAGAACAUGUUAAAAGAUGAGUUUUAUAUAGGUCUCCGGCAGAAGAGGACAAGAGGACAGGAGUAUGCUGAGCUUUUGCAUGAGUUCAUGUCUGCUGUUAAACAAAACUAUGGGGAGAAAGUUCUUAUUCAGUUUGAAGACUUUGCUAAUCACAAUGCAUUUGAGUUGCUUGCAAAAUAUAGGAAUACUCACCUGGUCUUCAAUGAUGACAUACAGGGAACUGCUGCCGUGGUUCUAGCUGGGAUUGUUGCAUCUUUGAAAUUGGUUGGCGGAACCCUUUCAGAGCACACAUUCCUUUUCCUUGGUGCUGGUGAGGCUGGGACAGGUAUAGCGGAACUGAUUGCCCUUGAGAUGUCAAAACAGACAAAAGCACCCGUAGAUGAAUGCAGAAAGAGAAUAUGGCUUGUGGAUUCAAAGGGACUCAUUGUUAGCUCUCGCAUGGAGUCACUCCAACACUUCAAGAAGCCUUGGGCUCAUGAACAUGAACCAAUCAGGACCCUGUUAGAUGCUGUUAAAUCCAUCAGGCCAACGGUCUUAAUUGGAUCAUCUGGAGUAGGAAAGACCUUCACGAAAGAAGUAGUGGAGACCAUGUCUUCUUUCAAUGAGAAACCCAUCAUCCUAGCUCUUUCAAAUCCAACCUCCCAAUCUGAAUGUACAGCAGAGGAAGCAUAUAACUGGAGCCAGGGUCGUGCAAUUUUUGCAAGUGGCAGCCCCUUUGACCCCGUUCAAGUCAAUGGCAAGAUGCAUGUGCCUGGUCAGGCAAAUAAUGCGUACAUUUUCCCUGGUUUUGGUUUGGGUUUGGUAAUCUCUGGAGCGGUUCGUGUUCAUGAUGACAUGCUUCUUGCAGCUGCGGAAGCGUUGGCUAAUCAGGUGAGGGAGGAGAAUUUAGACAAAGGCAUGCUUUAUCCUCCGUUCUCCAACAUCAGAAAGAUAUCAGCACGUAUAGCUGCCAAUGUUGCUGCUAAGGCAUAUGAGCUUGGGCUGGCGACGCGUCUUCCACAACCUGAGGAUCUGGUGCGUUAUGCAGAGAGCUGCAUGUACAGCCCAGCCUAUCGAAGCUUCCUAUGAGGUGGACUUCAAGACGAGCAUUUCGAGGCGUCUGGCUGAUUUAACACGAUCUGUUCUUAAGGAACAAAUACGAGUUCCGUCUUAUCUUUUUUCCUCAAUUAUCAUUUUAAUUUGUUUUAUGCCAGCCGUUCUUAAUUGGGCUUCAUCAUUGGUUCAUUUUUGUUGGUCUUGAUAGUGCAAGGACCGUUAUCAUGGCUUGUGUUGUAACUAGUAUCAAACAUGACAUGGCCUGUCUUGUAACAAGCAGGGUCAGUCUGUAAAAGAGCAGCAAGGCAGAUUGACGGUCUCCUAGUGGAUGGAAGUAUGCCCGUUUCAUUGUUAAAAAAAUUUCCCUCUUUAGGGGGUGUAGGUUUUCUUCA